GGGAUAAUAAAGAAACAGCUCUGCACGAGCCGAGCGUCGCUCCGCGGUGCGUUUCAUCUCUCACUCACAUCUGCAGUUACAGGGAGCGUUUAACGCAAUUAUGAUUCCUAAACCUUAACUCAAACCAAGUGUACUUAAACGAAUUUUGCCAUCAGAUCUAGAAAUGUAACGCCGCACCAGCAGGUUGGCUUUCUGGUGCGUAAUUGAUUCGGACUUCCUGCACACCAGCAGGGCUGCGGUGCCACCUUUCCCUCGCCUUGCAACAAGGGAGCCUCACUUAUAACGGAAAAACGGGGGGGAAAGAAAUACAUAAAAAUGGAGGACAAGCGCAAGAAGCGUAGCCCCAAGGUUUCUCUCCCCCAGCCCCCUCCACCCCCCAUCAACCCACGCAAGCUGUCUGUCCUGCCCGCCAGCAAGAGCGCUACCUUCUCUCUCGGCCUGCCGCAGCCUCCCUCCCCCAAGAACAGAAGUAAGUAUAAAAGAUCCAUCGGAGCUCCAGGUCAGCCCAAAGAGGUGUUGUUCACGGCUGUCGUGGCUCCGCCAAAGACAACCAGACCCCACAGGGAGAAGCCCAGGGCCCCGCAGCCGGCAGGACCCAGCAAAGUAGUGCAGUCUUCCCCCCUGCAGCACUCCUUCCUUACAGACGUUUCAGAUGUGAGGGAGAUGGAGGGAGGCCUCCUCAACCUCCUCAACGACUUCCACUCAGGCAAAUUACAGGCUUUUGGUAAGGUGUGCUCCUUUGAGCAGCUGGAACACGUGCGUGAGAUGCAGGAGAAACUGGCGCGGCUGCACUUCAGCCUCGACAGCCACGUGGAGGAGCUUUCUGAGGACCAGAGGAAAUGUGCCUCCGACCACAACCUGGAGCACCUGCUCAGCAACCUGGAGGAGCUCAGCACCUCGAUACAAAAGCUCCACCUGGCCGAGAACCAGGAUCUGCCCAAGACGUCUGCUCCCUGACGGAGCGCGGAGCCCGGGAUGGCAGCUGCACACUCAUCUUCUCCCAACAUCUAACCAAGUCCAGGUUGCCAUGGCGUUGUUCCAGCUGCCUAAGUAACGGAUUAGAAAGAUCCACAGGAGGAGGGGCUGUUUUUUCCGUUUGGUCAGUGAAGUGAGCGAACGCUUCAGGAACUGCAAGCAGAGGAGCAUUAAAUCAAUGCUCGAGUAAAGUCAUAAAUGUCUCAUUCAGAGCUCAAACAAAAAAAAAAAAAAAUGACUGGAUGGUUUACUAAGCAGGAAUGUAAAGGAAUACAUUUUCUGUUGCAAUUUUGAGCAGUUUCUUGGCACCAACUAACUUGGCUUCGGUUAGUCAUUCAAUUCAUUGCAUAAUUUGCUAACAAGUGAUUUAAUCCAGGCGACUGUGGUCAUCAGCUCUCAGUAUUCCUUAACCAAAAGCACAUUGCAUGAGAGCUUAUGAAUUUACACUUAACUUCCCGAAAAAUCUGUUAUGGCAUUUCUAGGUAGCAGAUUUGUGUUCAUCCAAAAGUUAGAAAAGUACACUAUCUGUAAACCUAUUUGGCUCUUUUGACAACACCACUGUGCUUAACGCAGAUGUUUUAAGGGAGUUUUUCUAUUAGUCUGAAUGUCUUCCCUUAAUUUUUAUACCAUUGCUAAAAGUUUAUUACAAAAAACAGAUUAUAU